AUGGGUGCCAAACAUGAAAUUAGCAUUCUUUUCCUUUAUGAGUACAAAAGAGGAACAAAUGCCUUAAGAACUACAAAAAUAUUAAUAAUAUUUUUGGAGAGAACCUUGGAGGGAAAUGAAAAUCUUGAGAAUGAGGAUCGUGGGAGACCAAGUUUGGUCAUUGAUAACGAAAAACUAAAAAGCACUGUUGAAUCCGAUUUAAGACAGACUGUUAGAGAACUAUUAGAAGUCUUUGGAGUUUCAAAAUCUAGCAUUUCCAACUACUUGGAGGAAAUUGGAAAGACAAAGAAGCUAGAUCAAUAG